AUGAUUUACGCUGAAGAGUUGGAGAAUGAAGAAGAUAAAGAUAUGGUUAUGUUGCAUUUAGUCAGAAGAAACAACAAAAGCUUUUACGACCUUGCUAAAAUAUAUAAAUCUGACAGAAACUGGUUCUAUCGUGAAAACUUACCGAUUUCAAUGACACCGAAUGAGCAAAUAAAGGAAAUUGUCAAAAAUACUCUUCCUCAAACACACUAUGACAUCAAAGGUUGCACAAUACUUACAUUCAAAGAAGACUUACCAUUGUUAAAGGAAAAAAUAACAGAGUAUUUCGAUAACUUCAAAGAGGAAGAAUGA